AAGACGAAAUUGUGUGUCAAGAAGGCGUUCUGCACCUUUUAGUUCAAAGAAAUGAUAUUGUUGACAAAAAAGUUAACCAAUCUACGUUGCUUUAUGAUGAUGCAAAUGCAUUCAUACCUACUUCGAUGGGCCAAUUCUUUUUGAUCAUUGUUAGGUUGUGCAAUGUACUUAUGAAGCGUAUAAAGGAAGCAUCGAUGACUGAAACGAUGUACAAAAUUGUGACGAAGAUCGAACAAGCCAAGAAUUUAUGGCAAAAUACUCUUCAGCAAGAAAUUGGAUGUACAUAUAAUGAUCCACUUGCUUCUAAUGUUGUGCUUAGGAAAUAUUUUUUCACCGUUCUUGAUAAGGAAAUGAACAGCAUGAACAAAAUGUUGAAUUAUCGCCAACGUAACUUUUCGUCUCAAAAAACUAACACAAAUUCACCCAUAAAUCCUAAUAAGCCUGUCACAUAUUAUGGAAAAAUGGCUAAAAAAGUUGCUUUAUUGAUUGAUUACGAUCCUCCGGGUGAACUUUCUGAAAAUGGACCACGCCAUGAUAAUGAUUUCAGCGAAAUAUCAAAAAUUUCAAUUAUUCCAACCAAAAAUGAGGUCUUAUGCGAUCGAGAUCCAUUUUUACCUACAACAAAUAUGGAUGACUCCUUGCAUCAUCUACCAAAAGGUGCAGAACGCCUUCUUGACACACAAUUUCGUCUUCUCAGAGAGGAUAUGAUGU